UUGCUUGCGUAACAACACGCGGUUGUCAGAUCGGUUGUUGUCACUCGUGAAAGGAAAGGACGAAUUUCACAAAAAGCCAUGGCCGACUUUGGAAGUAGCGAAGGAAGCAAACCGGCAGUCGAUCCCGAGCUGCAGGACUUUCUGAUGGCCGAAAACGAGCGAGCCCGGCUUAGCGCACAGAUCCACGAGUUUACCGAUAUCUGCUGGGAUAAGUGUGUGGACAAGCCGGGCAGUAAGCUUGAUAGCCGAACGGAGAGUUGCCUGUCCAAUUGCGUGAACCGGUUCGUCGAUACGUCGCUGCUGAUAACGCAGCGUUUCGCGCAGAGUCUGCAAAAGAACCAGGGAAUGUAAGCGGAACGCCCUGGAAAGAGCGUUUGCAAGACCUCCCGGUGGGAACGGAGCUGUAGUUGUUAGUUUCGGCAGGGCUUAUAAUCAUAUAAAUGUUUCUCCUUAAUAUACGUGCAAAGAAGCACUAAAAACCAAAUCGUGUUCAUUUCUGGUUCAAAUAGGGUCUUUGAAACCUAUCCUAUGCAUUUAAGUUAUAAAAUGUGGAAUCAAUAAAGAUAAUCAUGGAGAAAUGGA